GAUUAUUUUUUUGCUGACAUGUUAUCUACACAAAGAGGGGAAUCAAUGAACAGCCUGUUAAAAGGUUUCAUUGAUUGUAAAAUGAGGCUUAUGGAAUUUUUAGAAGCCUUUAAAUCUGUACUCGAUCUUUGUGAAGAGGCUGAGCAUAUUUCUGUCUAUAAGAAGCUUGUUUAUCCUAUCCUUUUAACUUUCCCAAACUCUAUCAAAAAUCAAGCUGCUAGUUGUUUGACACA